AUAGCUUACGAGAGGGGCGGGGGAAGCCGCGCCACCCCGCGGGCCCGGAGAAGAAUUCCCGCGGGCGCUCUCGGGGUGGGGGAAACGGUCUUGAGAGCGUCUCCCCAGAAGGGCUGCUUGGCAUUCGCUGCAGCGGGCGGGGUGCAAGUUCCUUCCGCGGCGGGAACGUGGGCGGGGCUAAUAUGGGGCGCUCGAGUGCGGGUGAUGGCGCGCGUUUCUGGGUUUUCCGGACCCAUGUUUGUUUUCUAAGUGCGGAGCUCCUCUAGGGUCUCGGUUUGUGACGUCCAGCGCACGUCAUCCCGAAGGGUUGUUCCAGGGUCCCAUUUCCUAGCUACGGGGUUUCUCCCCGCUUCUGGAGGCGGAAUAGCGGAUCCGCGGGAGUCCUGCGCCGGGUGCCUGCGUCCCGCCAAAAGAGCCAGCAGUCACUGUAGCACUGGAAGGAAAAUCAAGAGACCUGGUUUCUAAUCCCUCCUCUGUCACUAACAAGCUCCGUGAUAUUCGCUUUGAUACUAUGGUUUGUAGAAAAUCUCUAGGAAUAUUCUGUGCUAUGGUGGAAAUAUUAGAAUAAUCAGCCUCAGAAGCCUCUUUGAAGGAGACAGCACUCAGUUGAAUACAUAGGCUCAUCUACAUGUAUUAUGAGGUCAGUCUCAUUACACUGUGAUCAUCUUUCUAGUUUCCCUAGCAACCACAGAAGUAUAUAAAUGCUCCUGUGUUACUGUUUUUCUAGUUAUCUUACUUGUCUCUUAGUGUUCCUUUAUUUGUGACAAUUUUAAUGGAGUUCAUCCUUUUCUGAAUCAGAAAUUUACAGAAUUUGUUUUCCUUUCUCAAUACCAUGCUCUGUUUCGCCAUGAAAACUUUUUCGUUUUGUCACCAGACUACAUUAUUGGAUUGUAAAAGCUUAAGUGAAGUGGCACAUGUUAAAAGACAUGAAACAAGGAAAAAUUCUAGAACUCAAGAGUGUGAGCAGAAAUCUCGACUUGAUUGGAGGCGGACUAGAAGAAGUAUUACCGCACAAAUAGCUGAUAGUGAUGAAGACCUUGAUAAUGAGGAAGAGCUUGAUAGUGAUGAAAAUGUUGACAAUAAUGACAGUGUUGACAGUGAUAAAGAGCUUUCUAGUAACAAGGAACUUGAUAGUAAUAAAAACCCAGAAAAUGAAGGAGAGCUUAAAUUAAUUAAAGUUGGAAGUGAAGGCAACGACUGUGAGCAUCUCAUUAACACUGGCAACGUUUCAACAUAUGAAGAAGAAGAAGAUAAAACUAAACAUAGUAGUAUUGACUUACCAGAUUGUGAAAAGCAUUCAAGUCAAGAGGUGGAGGAGCUCGACAAAAACACUGGACACAUAACAGAGGAGGAUUUAGAAGAAGAACAUAUUAAGCGAGGGUCGAGAAAAAGGGCCUUCUCUGUGAUGAAUGACAGUGAUGAGAGUGAUGACAGUGAUAUCCUAAUACCUAGAAAAGGAGGUGCUAAAUGUGUACGUAGAGUGGUUGAAGAUGAAGGUUCUUCAGCAGAGGUGGAGCAAAAACAACCUGAAAAAACUUCAGCUACAAAAAAGCGAGAACAAUUCCAGAAACUGCAAGAACUCUCAAAACAAAGAUCUCAUCAGAGACGCAAUAGUAGUAGAGGUUUUGAGGACUCAGAAAAGGAACCCUGUACAAACAGUGAUGAAGAUGAUGAUGAGGAGGAGGAGGAGGAGGAGGAGGAUUGUGAAUCUGAUGAAGAUGGAAAUGAUUAUGUGUUAGAUGGCUUUGUAGUACCAGAUAAAGAAGGUGACGAAGAGAAUAAUAGCCAGCAAGGCGAAAAAUUGACUACAUCACCACUGAAAUUAGUAAAACAGAAUUCUCUUUAUUCUUUCUGUGACCCCUCUACUCACUUCGAAAGAGUUGUGAAGGCUCUUCUGAUCAAUGCUUUCGAUAAAUCAUUUCUGGGAACAUUGUAUGAUGGCAUCAGGCAAAAAUCAUAUGCACAAGAUAUGUUGACAUCUCUUAAUCAUUUGGAUAACCACUUUGUUCAGCCUCGUCUAGAGAGCUUAUACUCUAGAAGUCGUUGGAAAGAGCAAUAUAAGGAGCGCAUAGCAAAUUAUCCUAAUGUAACUAAGCAAAUGACAAACGCUAAAGACUGUUGCUGUCAGGCUUGUGGAUUGCAUCGCCACUGUAAAUAUUUAGUGCGUUUAUCAGGAGCGUUAUAUGACACCAGGACUAUGGAAACAGAUGACUUCAUGUCACAUGAUAAACAGGUGUUCUUUGUUGGCAGAGUCUGUGCUGAACGCACCAAAAUUUAUCAUAAACUGAAGCAUUUUAAAUUCAAGCUGUACCAGGACUGUUGCUCAAUGGUAAAGACAGAAAAAGUUGAAGAUGAACAAGUUAAAGAAACAGUGGAAAGAAUUUUCAAUAAGUUAAAAGAAGAAUGCUGGAUUGAGGCGAAAUAUGAUGAACUUCAAAAAUAUCUGAAUGAUGCGGAUUGCUUUCAAGAUGAGAAGCUUGACUGAAUUGUAACACAUUUCCUUCAGAGAAGAUUUUAUAAAUUCCUGUAAAUGUGAAGAUCAUGAGUCUUGUUUCUCUGUAUCAUGUGACAUAUUUAUAUUUUUAUGUACAUCUUCAUGGCAAAAUAUCUUGUUUAAAAUAUAUAUUCAUCUUAAUUUCCAUGAAAUGGCACUCUACAGUCUAAUAAAGCUUUCAUCUGCUGUGCAUAGAAAGUAUAGGCUUAAUAAUUUUUAAGUGUAUUUUGAAGUUAUAUAACAAUGCCUUUAUAACAGAUGACUAUCAAGUGGAUGAGCUGCUCGUGUCCUGUCAGUUUAGUAGAAAAAUACUGCAUUUGUAAAAUGUAUUUAGACCAACACCGACAUGUAUUUAUUGCUGAAUCCCUGCCCAGAUCUGUUAAUUAUACUUUUUCAGCAUCAAAUGAUCUUCACUAAUAUGUUUUUUACUACUAUCAUUAUCCAAAUCAGUGGGCCAUGGAAGAAACCUCAAUGCUUCAGUCAGUUCAAUCCCAUUGCCUCAGAAUCAGACUGUAGCUUACCCAUUCUAAGUAGAGGAGUGCUUUUUUUCCUUUCCUAAAGUUUCCCUUAGAAAUAGAUUUUAGGCCUCAAGAGUCUUUCAAUGCUCACAUUAAGGAAUAACUUUAUGAUAUGUGUUUUCAUGCUUCAUAAUCAUUCUUUUUUCUAUUCAGUUUAGUCUAUGUGUUAAUGAUUAAGAUUUAUUUUGUUUAUUUUUAUCCAUAACUUUUCCCCUAUAAGUUUUUAUAUUGGAUCAGAAGAUCUCAGAGAGACAGAUUCAUCCUAAAAUAGUUUAAAUGAAUAUUUUGGCAUCUGCAUUGCUUUGCACAUAAAUUUUCCCAUAAUAUAAUAAAGUAAAAUGGUUUCAGAGUGAA